AAUGUCCCUCACGCCCACCGGUGAAAUUAUUAUGCAGCGAUGGUGGAGAAGAAAAUAGCAGUGCGAUCCCAGGACCCAGGCCAGCGGCGCGUUUUGGACUGCGCUACGCGCCAGCGACGCUUAACCAGACAGUUAGAGGCACUUGAAAAGGACAAUUUCCAGGAUGAUCCUCAUGCCAGCCUACCCCAGCUGGCCAAGAGGCUCCCUCAGUUUGAUGACAGCAAUGAGUCUGGCAAGAAGAGGAAGAAGACAAGAGGAGAUCAUUUCAAAUUGAGAUUUCGGAAGAACUUCCAGGCUGUACUGGAGGAAGAGGAACUAAGUGGGAAUGAGGGACCUAACUACCUGACUGCUUGUGCCGAGCCCUCCAAACUGCCGCAGCGCCACUUCUGUGCCGUGUGUGGCUUCCCGUCUCCCUACACCUGCAUUUCCUGUGGGGCACGCUACUGCUGUGUCCGCUGCCUGGGCACACAUCAUGAAACCAGGUGUCUGAAGUGGACUGUGUGAUGCUCUCAGCUGGUACGUGUGAAUGGCUGCCUCAUUUUAUUGCUUGAUCAUCAACGGAAGGACAGGUUUCUUUUUUGUGCAGCAUCAGAGUAUCUGAAUGAGCUGUAUGACUCCCGUCCAGUGAGUCUGAAUGAGUUGUUUGACUCCCAGUCAGUCUGAAUGAGCAAUAUGACUCCCGCCCAGUCAGUCUGAAUGAGCUAUAUGACUCCCGUCCGUCUGAAAGAGCUAUAUCACUCUCGUCCAGUCAGUCUGAAUGAGCCAUAUGACACCCAUCCAGUCAGUCUGAAUGAGCUGUAUGACUCCCUUCCGUAGGCUGAAUUGGGACUGUGCUGUUGCUAUCGCAACAGGCAUGUGGUGAUCUGAUGGGAGCCCCUGCAUGAGACAGCGAUAACUCAGAAAGUGAAUGGUGUUCGCUCCAUAGUGUGCGUCUGCGCUUCAGCCUAGGCCUGAAUUUGACAAUCAUAUACUGAACAAAAAUCAAAACGCAACAUGCAAUAAUUUCAACCAUUUUACUGAGUUAAAGUUCAUAAAAGGAAAUCAGUCAAUUGAAAUCAAGUAAUUAGGCCCUAAUCUAUGGAUUUUACAUAACUGUGCAGGGCACAGCCAUGGGUGGGCCUGGGAGGACGUAGGCCCAUCGACUUGGGAGCCAGGCCCUGCCAAUCAGAAUGAGUUUUUCCUCACAAAAGGGCAUUAUUACAGACAGAAAUACUCCUCAGUUUCAUCAGCUGUCCGGGUGGCUGGUCUCAGAUGAUCCUGCAGUUGAAGAAGCCGGAUGUGGAGGUCCUGGACUGGCGUGGUUACACGCGGUCUGCGGUUUUGAGGCCGGUUGGACAUACUGCCAAAUUCUCUAAAAUUACAUUGGAGGCGGCUUAUAGUAGUGAAACUAACAUUCCGUUCUCUGGCAACAGCUCUGGUGGACAUUCCUGCAGUCAGCAUGCCAAUUGCAUGCUCCCUCAAAACGUGUGGCAUUGUGUUGUGUUUUAUAGAGUGGCCUUUUAUUGUCCCCAGCAAAAAGUGCACCUGUGUAGUGAUCAUGCUGUUUAAUCAGCUUCUUGAUAUGCCACACCUGUCAGGUGGGUGGAUUAUCUUGGCAAAGGAGAAAUGCUCACUAACAGGGAUGUAAACAAAUUUGUGCACAAAAUUAGAGCAAAAUAUUAUUCAUGUGCGUAUGGCAAGUUUCGGGGAUAUUUUAUUUCAGCUCAUGAAACAUCAGACCAACACUCUACAUGUUGCAUUUAUAUUUUUGUUCAGUAUAGAUUCAAAUCUGGAUUUUAUUAACAGGGCACCUUUGACGCCUCAGUGCGAUUUUUGGAUUUAUCAACAACAACAAAAAAUACCUUGUAUGAGUGAUAUUUGUCCAAAAGCAAAAAAAGGACACUAAUUAUUAAAACCUUAAACCAGCA